AUGAACAUUACUUUAUUACAAGCUUCAGUUGUUGAAGAAAUUAUAUCCUUCUCUGCCCUUGAGAAUAUACGUGAUUUAACAUGUGUGUCUUUGUUCGCCGUCUGUUUCGACGACGUGACCGCGCGAUUUUAUAUCGGGAAGAAAGCAAGAGAGAUAGUGCAAACGUUUCACAAGCCAGCUGUCUUACCGAACCAGAAGAAAGUGAAUAAAAUCAGCAGAGCGUUUUUACCCGGACAUCAAACUGCCGCUGUGGUCGCAGACAUCGGAAGCGGAGAGACUGUGUACAUAGAAACAUCCGAAAAACAGCAAGAAGAAAUUAUAGUCACAUUAAACAUAGGCAAAGCUCAUUCACAAUUACGCAGACUUCGGAACGAAUCGUCGAUAUUAAAAGACGCUGUAAUAACAGCGAUUCCUGCUCACUAUUCAAGAGUAUUAUUCGCCUGUACGAGAAUCACUUCUCCACUAAAAGAUUACUACGCGCAUCAAUUCGAUGAUAAAGAAAAAACCAAACCUUCUGGCUCGCCGCAAGCAACGGAAGAGUUCACGUCUGGCAGUGGAGAGGAUAGACUAGGUUUCAUAAUGUACGAAUGCGGUUUAGAGGGUAUUAAAUUAAAAAUAGUGAAGAGGUCUCAGUUUGAAAAAGGAGAGAAUGGGAACGAUGAUAAGAAAGUGGAAUCGGAAAUGUUUUAUACAGACAGCGUGAAGAGCCAAGAAGAAUUAGACGCUA